GAGGAGGCACUUUUCUUCCGACAGAGGCUGAAGAUUUUAUUUCUCCAUAAAUGCACGAAGCUCAAGAACAGUCGCCAGCAGAUAAUGGACGAAAAGCAUGAUUUCGUGGAGGUGGACCCUAAUAUUCCUGAAGAGGGACCAUCAGCGCCCCCUCCUGGAUGGUUGGACAACAUUGCAGGUUACGAAGGCUCCAACCCAGGAGGAACUCCUGAUGGGAAUUACCAUCCCCCACCGCCCCCAUAUUCGCCCCCAGACAGCGACCAGAACGCCCGCGUCCUCAAUGUGAGGGAGCCAACUGUGUCAGAGGAUGUGGCCCGUGAAGCCCUUCUGCAGUUUGUGGAGAAGAAAUGGACCUACAGCAGCAAGCCAGCCAAAAACCUGGUCUUCAAGGACCUCAAGCCAAUCACAGUUUACCGGUACCGCUUGGAAACCUACACAGAGGCCAGAUCAAGCUCCUGGGAAUCAGAGCCCUUUACUGGCCAGCAGGUGGACGGGCCUGAGAACGGUAUGAGCCCAGCACCAUGGGAGGUUCCAGUGCAGUACCCUCAGAAAUUCACAGACAUGUGCAUCAAAGUCAGAGUGCCCCACUCCUGUUCUGUUAAGGGGUGCUAUGGAUGUCAGUGUACAGGGAGUGUGCGUUGUGGACGGUGCCAUUCUAGAGGACGUGUGCGUUGUAUGCAUUGUCAUGGCAGUGGACACACUCGCACAGGCAAAGACCGAAGGAGGUGUAUUUCAUGCCACGGUCGUGGAAUGAAAAGAUGUAUUCAGUGUCAUGGUCGGGGUUUUAAAACCUGCUCGACCUGCAAUGGGUAUCGAAAUAUUAUGCAUUUCAUCCAGCUUACUAUCACAUGGAAGAAUCAAGUUCUAGAAUUCAUACCAGACAAAACACCAGAGUUCCCCCUGAAGAAGUUUGCCAAGGUGUCCGGAGACGGCUUCUUUGAGGAUGAAAACCUUCUGGUGUAUCCUAUCGUGGGCUUUCCUGACCAGGAUAUUUGUGACAUGUCUAAGAAAGGCAUAGAGGAGCACGUCAGCAAGUUCUCCCCAGUCAGCCGCAUCCUACAGCAGCGCCAGACCAUAGAGCUGGUUCCUCUCACCCAUGCCUUCUACUCCUACCAUGGGAAGGACUAUGACUACUAUGUAUAUGGAAGGGAAAACCAAGUUUACAUCCCAAAGUACCCCACAGCCUGUUCAAUAUUGUAGUGGGGCAUAUACUGAUAGAAGGACCCUCCUAGCUCUCCCUUUCCCUCCCCACCCCCCUCAAAUCAUCUCACACACUCAAGACUUCCUCAAACUGACUUAUUACAUUCAUUAUUGACUGUAUUAUUACAGUUACAUGUUUCUGUUCCAUUAUGGUCCAUGUCAUUGAGGCGUUUUCCUCAUUUCCUCCUAACUCUUAAGUUUAACGUCACAUCAAUACUUUCAUAUCAUACAUCAACAUUGAAGUGAUGUUCAGUUACUGUUCAUUUAUAUUUGAAAUGCACCACAUACCACAGCUGUUUGUAUGCAGACCUUCUGUAUUUCAGGAUUGCAGGAUUUUCAUAUAGCAUUUAAUCAUUGUGGAGAAGGGGAAACAUGACAGAUGCAACAGGUGUUUCAGCAAAAACGGCCACAAGCAUGAACUUGCUCAUCUACAUAGAUUCUGUCAUUUUACCGGUAUUUUUGAAUCUGUGAAUAGUAGCAGCUCAUUAAAAAUGUCAGAUAA